AUGCCGCAGGGCCCAGAGACCCCGGUGCAAGUGUGGGUGGGCAGCCAACUCUUCCAGGCAGACCGGGCCCUGCUAGUGGAGCACUGCGGCUUCUUCAGCGGCCUCUUCCGCUCGGGCAUGAGGGAGGCGCGCGCCGCCGAGGUGCACCUGGGCGCGCUGAGCCCGGACGGCUUCCGCACCACGCUGCGGGUGCUGCGCGGUGAGCGUCCAGCGCUGGCGGCUGCCGAUGAGCUGCUGCAGGCCGUGGAGUGCGCCGCCUUCCUGCAGGCGCCGGCGCUGGCGCGCUUCCUAGAGCACAGCCUCACGUCGGAGAACUGCGCGCUGCUGUGCGACGCGGCCGCAGCCUUCGGCCUGCACGACGUCUUCCACAGCGCCGCGCUCUUCAUCCGCGACGGCGCCCACGAGCUGGCGGCCGAGCUGGCGCUGCCCGAGGCCCGCACCUACGUGGCGGCUCUGCGGCCCAGCAGCUACGUGGCCGUGAGCACACAUGCGCCGGCGCCCGGCUUCCUGGAGGACCCUUCGCGCACCAUGUGCUACCUGGAUGAGGAGGAGGACACCUGGCGCACGCUGGCCGCGCUGCCCCUGGAGGCCAGCACGCUCCUGGCUGGCGUGGCCACGCUGGGCAACAAGCUGUACAUUGUGGGGGGUGUGCGGGGCCCCAAUAAGGAGGUGGUGGACCUGGGCUUCUGCUACGACCCCGACGGCGGAACGUGGCGCGAGUUCCCCAGCCCCCACCAGCCGCGCUACGACACGGCACUGGCCGGCUUCGAGGGCCACCUCUAUGCCAUCGGGGGUGAGUUCCAGAGGACAGCCAUGAGCUCGGUGGAGCGCUACGACCCGGCCUCGGGCUGCUGGAGCUUCAUGGCCGACUUGCCGCAGCCAGCUGCCGGGGUACCCUGCGCACACGCCCGCGGCCGCCUCUUCGUGUGUCUGUGGCAGCCGGCAGACACGACGGCCGUAGUGGAGUACACCGUGCGGGCUGAUGAGUGGCUGCCCGUGGCCGAGCUGCGGCGCCCACAGAGCUAUGGCCACUGCAUGGUGGCCCACCGCGACAGCCUCUACGUGGUGCGUAACGGACCUAAGGAUGACUUCCUGCACUGCGCCAUCGACUGCCUCAACCUAGCCACGGGCCAGUGGACAGCGCUGCCCGGUCAGUUCGUGAACAGCAAAGGCGCGCUCUUCACUGCCGUGGUGCGCGGCGACACCGUCUAUACGGUCAACCGCGUGUUCACCCUGCUCUAUGCCAUCGAGGGCGGCUCCUGGCGGCUGCUUAGGGAGAAGGCUGGCUUCCCUCGGCCCGGUUCCUUGCAGACCUUUCUCCUGAGGCUGCCUCCGGGUGCCCGGGGCCCUGUGGCCUCGACAACCCCAGAACUGUGAUCCUUGGGCUGGACUUUUGAACUUAGAUGCCCAGAGUCUUCUGUGAGUUAUGGCUGAGUCUAUGAGACUGACCUUAGGAGCUGCCGGGAACUUCAGGCCCUGGUUGAGAUGUCCAGGGUCUUGUGACUUCUGGUUGUGUGAAGGUAUCCAAGAAUCUCAGGAAGCGUAGACUGGGGAUCUCAACCCUCAAUUACUUGGACUCUCUUGAGAGCUGGUGGGUCACAAUAUCAGUGGAAGGGAUGGGAGAUAGGAUUUCAAUAAUCCAGGCUUGUGUGUUAAAGGGCCAGUAAUUGAGGACCGGCUGGGAGUGGGUUAAGUGAUGUUAAUGAAACUGCCAGUCAAGUAAGAAUUAGGCACCUACUGUGUGCUCACUAUGGCACUGGGCCUAAUGUGACUGUAGUUACCAGACAGGGGUUCAAAAGCUUAGAGUCUAGCCCAGGACAACAGAGGGUUUACAUGCACUUGUCUUGAUCCACAGAGGGCUCAAGGCAACUUACAAAAACAAACAAGAAACAAACCCUGCAAUAUAAUAAAACAAAGUACUGAAGAAAUCAGGACAAAGGGAAAAUAGGGAGAGGGAAAAUAUGUUAUUCCAGGCAGGAGAAUGGUAAACAAACUGUACUAAGACACACAGGAUAAUUAGCUGCUAAAGGGGGAGAUUCAGAAGAGGAGAGACAGGGAAAGUUGGGCAGAUGGGAAGAGUCUGUGAGCCCUGCCUUUGAGGCAGAGCAGCUAUAGAUGGAGGCCUCUGGGGAGGCAUCGAGGCUGGCCUGGCCUGUGGAGAGGGAAACUGAGCUGCCCCUGGAGUGAGACCUGUGAGGGAGAAAGAGAUCCCCGCACCAUUUAAUGGGAUGUGGGCCCACAGGAGAGAACCCAGUCAGAAGUCUCUUACCCACUGCCUUUUUUGUCAUCACCCCAGGGGCAGUGGACUGUUAAUUUUCAUGACUUCAGGUUACUCAAAAGUAUGAGACCAAUUUAGAGCAGGUCUGAUGGUGGCUCUGCUGGUAAAGAAUCUGCCUGCCAAUGUGGGACACAUGGGUUUGAUCCCUG